CGUUUGAACCGACACGUGGAUCAACCUUGACACAGCAUUGCUGUUUUUACUUAUUGACUGCACAGUGGUUGUGCAUUUGACGCCAUUUAGCCACAGAUACCUCACAUCUUGAGUACCGUAUUGCAGAAUAUCCUGUAUUUCGCACUUUACGCGUCACUCUACGUGUGGUUAAAUCUAUAAUUUGGAUUAUCGUUUCAGAUUUCUUUUGGGAGAAAUUCACAACAUGUAUAUAUUUUUUUUGGACUGCUGCUGGUGUAAUUCAGUGUCAAUUAUAAAGUGCUUUUCCUCAAGUCGUGUUCUGCUUCUUCGCUCUACCCUGCGUGCUUGAUCUGUAUAAUUGUUUGUGUUGUUCUAUUACAGCUGUAUGGCUGAAGAGAAAGUAAAAGUUGGGUGUCGUGUUAAAAUAACAUCGAGAUCAGUUUUUGGGACCGUUGCUUUUGUCGGAGUAACACAAUUCUCACCAGGAAAAUGGGUGGGUAUAAUACUAGACGAGCCCAAAGGGAAGAACAACGGCACGGUUCAGGGGGAACGCUACUUUAUAUGUGAGGAAAAUUUUGGGAUAUUUGUGCGCCCAUCUCAGCUUACUCUUCUAGAUGGUCCGGAAAGAUCAGACGUGAUGAAGUUAUCCUCAUCUAGCGUUGUUUCCGAAUCAGGUGCCACUUCAGAAUCAAAGGAAGUUACAAAACUUGCUGGUUCGACAUCUUCGUUGUCUGUAGGAUUGAAAACUCCUGAGACAGUUAAAGCGGGUGCAGUAUCAGUCGGUGUUGAAGGCGGUCCAACUCUCUUACAGUUUAAAAAUCUUGAACAACAAAAUGAACGAAUGAAAGGAGCACUGGUCAAGCUACGUGAUUUGGUUAAUCAAGAUAAAUCGGAAAUUUCAGCUUUAACUAAACAG